UAUAUUCCGCUUAUCAUCACCAUAAUCACUUAGAAACUUGUUUGUUAGGUAAUCUCAGUAGUUGAUAUUUGUGGGCGGUGUAACACCUUACCAAAACAAAAAUCUGAAGAUGGUGACUCGCGUAGAAAUCAAAGGGAUGGAUGCGUUUUCAAAGUUCACCAAAGACAUCGAUAGUUCGGGGCCGCCGGUGUUCUUCUUUUUUAGCGGAUCUAAGUUGCCUAAUGGAACAAGUUGGUGUCCAGAUUGUGUUGAGGCUGAACCUAUAGUUCAAGCUUACCUUAAUGAACUACAGAAGAGCAUCAUUUUCGCAUAUGUGGAUGUUGGAGACAGAGACUACUGGAAAGACAAAAUGUGCCCAUUCAGGACGGACCCCCGCUCCAAACUCAUGGUAAUACCGACACUUAUCCGAUGGAAAGGUGUCCAAAGGCUUGAGGGCAGCCAGUGCAACAAGCGCGAACUGCUGCAGAUGAUGUUCGAAGAAGAUGAAGAGUAAAGUGCAUUAAUAUGUUUUAUAGGGUAAAUUAUCCCAAGAGGAUAUAACCAAACGGAGUAGCCAUUAACAGGCGUUCCCCUCUGUCGAAGAUAGUCUGCCAAUGGUCACAUUGGACUGCCGUUUAUUUGACAUGGCUAUUUUUUCGUUAUAUAUACAUUUGACGUUCCCCUCCCCCGCAAAAAUCGGCAGACUUGUACAGAAAAUUACAGACAAGGCGUCUCCGUUUGGUUAUAUCCUCUAAGUAUGAAAGGCAUAGUCACCACAUGUAUUAAAAUAAAGUUGGAAGGUUGGAACUGCUGACAAUAGGGUAGCUUACCCUAUGUUGAAAAGGUUCUUAACUCAAAAUACGCUAAACUCAAUCUUCUCAUUUUACAAAGGGUUAAGAGACUAUUGAUGUUAAGUUGUAUUUUGAGGUAUGAACUUUGUUUUCCAGAUAAGUGAAAUUGGCAUGGUUUUAUAAUCUUUUAUGUAAAUAUAUAUAAUUUUUAAGA